CUGAAAACACAUCGGGCAAGAAGCGCCCUUCUGCAAUCUCGCGGCACGUGCCUUUAGUAGCAGACACAAACUUCACACCGGUGUAUGUUGCUAGUGCGUACAGUGUCACAACCUGUUCAUCGGAUUCCGAGAUGAGCUGUACGCUGCAAGCAUGCAACACGAAAGUCGCGGCACAGGGGCGGCAAGUGAUGCCCUGCGUGCGGAGCUGUGCGCUGGAGCCCCCGACGCCACGGUCCUCGUGCCAGGCUCUGCGCCAUGCGGUGGCUAACCUCACCCGCCUGGACGACUUUGUCUCGGAAAAAAUUGGUGCGGGGUUCUUCUCCGAGGUGUACAAGGUCACCCACCGUACCACGGGCCAGGUGAUGGUGCUCAAGAUGAACACCUCAACCAGCAAUCGGCCCAACAUGCUGAGGGAGGUGCAGCUUCUCAACCGACUCUCGCACCAGAACAUCCUCAGGUUCCUCGGAGUCUGUGUUCAUCAGGGCCAGCUUCAUGCUCUCACCGAAUACAUCAACGGCGGGAGCCUGGAACAGCUUCUUCAGCGAGAGAGCGAGCUCCUCCCCUGGGCUCUGCGGCUGCGGCUCGCGCUCGACAUCGCCCGCGGAAUGGAGUACCUCCACUCUCGCGGGGUCUUCCACCGCGAUCUCACUUCUAAAAACGUUCUGAUUAAGAAUGAGUCCGGCGGAGGCAUGACCGCCGUGGUCGGAGACCUCGGACUGGCGGCCAGGAUCCCGGACAAGCGGGAGGGCUCGUUACGGUUGCCCAUCGUCGGAUCGCCCUACUGGAUGGCGCCGGAGUGUCUCAACGGGUCCUGGUACGACCAGAGGGCGGACGUCUUCUCUUACGGCAUCGUGCUCUGCGAGCUGAUUGGCCGGGUGGAAGCGGAUCCAGACGUCUUGAGCCGGACGGAGGACUUUGGAGUGGACAAGCUGGCUCUCCUGCGGUUAAGCCCGGACUGUCCGCCGGCGUUCCUUCGACUGGCGCUGUCGUGUUGUCAGGUUGAACCGAGUCUACGUCCUUCCUUCCAAGAGAUUGUCAAGCAGCUGGAGGCGAUGUUUGCGAGCGGACCAGUCAUCAGCAGCCCCGCACCAACGGACGGAGACGACAGUAUCGUCAGCGUGCAGGCAAUAUUUGGGCGGGAACAGGAACGCUGCAGCACCUCCAACCCAUUCGCCGCGCACCGCUUCAAGGACGGUCGGAAGGUCGUUGAGGAAGAGCCUAGUCAAUCGUGAACUCCGUCCACUUCCGAAGUCUGUGCGUGUGUGUGAAGUGUCGCGGAUGAAGAGUGAAGCGCACGAAUUAAUUAAUUUAUUUAUUUGCUGCACGGGGGGGACCGAGUCUUCUUCGCGUCACACGUGCAACACCGAGUCACUUUUUAUUCUUCCCGAGAUCUUUCUUUUUUUUACGCCACCGAGUUACCUCUCUCAAAACAGUUUGUAAAUAUUGCUGCGCACCAUUUCGUUACAUUUGGACUGUGAGAUUAACGGGGACGUCAUUUCCCCGACCCGAAGUGCAGGCUUCCUGCUGCAUGUACAUACACAAUGUGCAGUACAAAAACACUCGUGUUCGGCCACGAGGCAUCCCGGACUUUACCAUAACGUGUGAAAGUUAACUUUUUACUUUUUUUUUUGCGUGAUGUCUUCACGGUGGAGUUUUUCUGUUUGUCGGUCUUCGCAGAAAGGGUUGCCAAAGUAGAUGGGCCGUGAACUGUUUUUAGCGGUUGUGCCAGAAAAUACCCUGGGCAGUGCCGGCAACGAAAGACCCUUGUGUUCACCAUUCAAAUCACACACUGCACUUAUACUGGUUUGUAAUCCUUUAUUAAAAUUGAAGUUGAGUGAAAUCAACUUUGUUUCCAAUCUUGA